AUGGCUUCCUACAAGGAGAUCAACCAGGAUCCCAGACUCUUGCCCAACAUCACCCUGGGCUACAACCUCUAUGAGAACUAUUUUGAUGCAAGGGUGACUUCUGAUGCCAUGAUGGACCUGCUUGCAGGCGGCAAAAGCAAUAUUCCAAACUAUCACUGUGGAAAAGGGAAAAACCUGCUGGCUGUUCUUGAGGGAGCCAAUUCUGCAAUCUCUAAACAGAUUUCAACUAUCUCAGGCACCUACAAAAUCCCACAGGAGAUCAACCAGGAUCCCAGACUCUUGCCCAACAUCACCCUGGGCUACAACCUCUAUGAGAACUAUUUUGAUGCAAGGUUGCCCAUCAACAGUCGUUACCUGGAGCACAGAUUGAGCCAGCAUGCAGGUCUCCUGCUCACAGUCUCCCCCACUAUACUUCACCCUUUCUUAAGAGAAGUCCAGUUUUCGAAUACUUCUAUUGGCGGACUGUAUUUGGAUGAGAAUGGGGAGCUACCAGGCAACUAUGAUAUUGAGAACUGGGUGAUGUUUCCCAAUAAAUCUCAAGUGAGAGUGAAUAUUGGGCGCAUAGAGAGAGAGGCAUCCAAUGGCAUAAGAUUCACGAUUAACCCGGAAGCCAUUGAGUGGCCCAAGGAGUUUAACAAGACCGUCCCUCGCUCCAGGUGUAGCAAGAGCUGUCUCCCUGGAUACAAGAAGGUGGUUCAAGAAGGACAGCCGAUUUGCUGCUAUGCUUGUGCUCCGUGCGCGGAAGGGACAAUCUCCACUCAGGAAGAUGCAGAGCGUUGUACCAGGUGUCCAGAAAAUCAACAUCCAAACAAGGAUCGAGAUCAAUGCGUCCCCAAGACUACCACAUUCCUGGCUUAUGAGCAAUCUUUGGGGGUCCUUCUGGCUUCCUUUGCCCUCUUCUUGUCCUUAACUACAGGCUUUGUGUUAGGAAUCUUCAUUCAAUUCAUAGAAACUCCGAUAGUCAAAGCCAACAACCGGGACCUCUCGUUCAUCCUCCUCAUCUCCCUCUUACUUUCCUUUUUGUCCUCCUUCCUCUUCAUUGGCCAGCCAAGGGAAGAGACCUGCCUGCUCCGACAAACGGCCUUCAGCAUCAUCUUUUCGGUUGCCAUAUCUUCUGUCUUGGCAAAAACCAUCACUGUGGUGCUGGCUUUCCUGGCCACAAAGCCAGGAAACAGAGUGAGGAGAUGGCUGGGGAAGAGUCUGGCCAACUCCAUUGUCAUUUCCUGUUCCAGUGUCCAAGUUGUCAUCUGCACCAUGUGGCUGGGGAUCUCUCCCCCAUUCCCAGAUUCCGACAUGCACUCCCAGCCUGGAGAGAUCAUCCUGCAAUGCAGUGAAGGGUCUCUCACCAUGUUCUACUGUGCCCUCGGCUACAUGGGCUUCCUGGCUACCAUCUGCUUCACGGUGGCUUUCCUAGCCAGGAAGCUGCCUGGGGCCUUCAAUGAAACCAAGCUGAUCACCUUCAGUAUGCUGGUCUUCUGCAGUGUUUGGGUGUCCUUUGUGCCCACCUACCUGAGCACAAAAGGGAAAUACAUGGUAGCCGUGCAGGUCUUCUCUAUCUUGGCCUCCAGUGCUGGGCUUCUGGGCUGCAUCUUUAUUCCCAAGUGCUACAUUAUUGUAUUGAGGCCUGAUCAGAACACAAAGGAUCACAUGAUGACAAAAACUAAGGAUGCCAUCUGCUUCUGA